AUGCAUAUUAUAUGCCUAAUUUACACAGUUUUCUUCAUCGCUUCUGCGGUUAGCCUAAUCACUCAUAAUGAGACAAGAAAGUCUCUUAUAGAGCUAGAGAACUUACUCAAAGCAGCUGGAUCCAAGCAAGCUGAUAUACUGGGUAGCAGACUCGGUGGCCCAAAGAAAAUUGGUCAAAGAUGCACCAGCGAGAACCUUAGGGUCCGCCAUCCAUGGGGGUCCCUGAGUAUGGAGGAGCGUAAGGCGUAUACUGAUGCCGUCCUCUGUCUGCAACAACUGCCGGCAAAGACGCCUGCUAGUGUAGUUCCUGGAGCUAGAUCGCGGUACGAUGAUUUUGUGGCUACCCACAUCAACCAGACAUUAAACAUUCACUACUCAGGAACUUUCCUUGCGUGGCAUCGCUGGUUCACAUAUACUUACGAACAAGCCCUGAGGAACGAAUGUGGUUACACAGGCUACCAGCCAUAUUGGAACUGGGGAAUAUACGCCGAAGAUCCAGCAUCUUCACCAAUUUUUGAUGGCUCACCAUAUAGUAUGUCCGGCGACGGUGCACCAAUCCCUAAUAAAGGUCCUUUGGUCUUGACACUCGGGGAUUUACCUCCGGUCUAUCUGAAACCUGGAAACGGGGGUGGCUGCGUGACAUCCGGUCCAUUUAAGGACAUGAUAGUGAACCUGGGGCCCGUGAGCCUUCCAAUCAAUAAUGGAUCUUCUAUUACCGGAAGUGGACUUAAGUAUAACCCUCGAUGCUUAAAGAGGGAUAUAUCUGCUGGUGUCAACUCUGCUUACGCAAAUGCAACCUCCAUCGUCAAUCUUAUCCAGAAAAACAGCAAUAUCGCUGACUUCCAGUUAGUCAUGCAAGGUGUUCCUGGCUCGGGAUCUAUUGGCGUCCACGGUGGUGGUCACUAUACCAUCGGUGGCGACCCAGGCGCAGAUGUCUUCGUUUCGCCUGGAGAUCCAGCUUUUUUCCUUCACCACGGCAUGAUUGAUUUAGUUUGGUGGACGUGGCAAAGUCUUGAUUACGAGAAUCGUCGUGAUGCCAUCUCAGGCACGGGAACUUUCUUGAAUAACCCUCCGUCACCUAAUACGAUCUUGGAUGACAUCGUAGAUCUCUCAUACGCCGGUGGCUAUCCAAUCACAAUGAGGGAGCUCAUGAGUAUCAACGACGGUCCGUUCUGCUACACGUACAUAUAG